AUGAAAGAAAAAUCGAAAAAUGCUGCCCGGACUCGACGGGAAAAGGAAAAUAGUGAAUUCUAUGAGCUGGCCAAACUAUUGCCAUUACCUUCUGCCAUCACGUCUCAGCUUGAUAAAGCUUCAAUUAUUCGACUCACAACAAGUUACUUGAAAAUGAGAAUUGUUUUUCCUGAAGGUCUGGGAGAGUCCUGGGGCCACGUGAGUCGGACCAGAACUCUGGAUAAUGUUGGGCGAGAGCUGGGAUCACAUCUGUUACAGACGUUGGACGGGUUCAUUUUUGUGGUUGCUCCUGACGGGAAAGUAAUGUACAUAUCUGAAACAGCAUCGGUCCAUUUGGGCUUAUCACAGGUAGAGCUGACCGGAAAUAGUAUUUACGAGUACAUCCACCCCGCUGACCACGACGAAAUGACAGCCGUGCUGACAGCUCACCAACCCUGCCACUCGCACUUUGUCCAAGAAUAUGAAAUGGAACGUUCGUUCUUCUUGAGAAUGAAAUGCGUCCUCGCGAAAAGAAAUGCUGGUCUGACAUGUGGUGGAUACAAGGUGAUCCACUGCAGCGGGUACCUAAAGAUCCGUCAGUACAGCCUGGACAUGUCUCCAUUUGAUGGCUGCUAUCAGAACGUGGGCUUGGUGGCGGUGGGCCACUCUCUACCCCCUAGCGCUGUCACUGAAAUCAAACUACACAGCAACAUGUUCAUGUUCAGAGCCAGCCUGGAUAUGAAGCUCAUCUUCCUCGACUCCAGGGUAGCUGAGCUGACAGGCUAUGAGCCCCAGGAUCUUAUAGAGAAGACGCUCUAUCAUCAUGUCCAUAGCUGUGACUCCUUCCACCUGAGAUGUGCACACCACUUGUUGCUGGUGAAAGGCCAAGUGACCACUAAGUAUUAUAGGUUCCUGGCUAAGCAGGGUGGCUGGGUUUGGGUCCAGAGCUAUGCCACCAUCGUACACAACAGCCGUUCCUCCAGACCCCACUGUAUCGUCAGUGUCAACUACGUCCUCACGGAUACUGAGUAUAAAGGACUCCAGCUGUCUCUGGACCAGGUGACAGACACCAAGCCCUCCUUCCCCUUCAGCAGUGCUCCCACCAGCCUCACUGAGAACCGCAGAGCACCCAAGAGCAGAGUGUCCCGAGCUAAGGCCAAGGCUCGACUGUCCCCCUACACACAGUACACUGGUUUCCAGGCCGAGCGGUCAGAGUCGGACCAGGAUAGUCCUUGGGCAGGAUCUCCCCUCACAGACUCCGCUUCCCCUCAGCUGCUGGAGCAGGGGGAGGGGCUUGGCGCCUCCUGUGCCUACAGGCAGUUCUCCGAGCCACGUCCCCUCUGCUACAGCCUCCCAAUCACUGAGGAGCACCACCACCACCACACCCCCAGCGAAAGCCACUCCCACCUCGACAGACACGGCCACAACCAGACGUGCGAGCGGGGCCACUGUGAGGCAGGGAGGUACUUCCUGGGUGCUCCCCAGGGUGGGACAGAGGCGUGGUGGGGAGCUGCCCACUCUGUGCUGCCCCUGGCCAAAACCUCGUCCCUGGAGAAUGGAGAGGGAUACGAGAGCAACGUGCCCCACAUCAGCUCCAUCCACAGUCUGCAUAACUGUGGCCAAUGGGACCAGGACAGUGUGGUCAGCUCACCAGACGGGGGCUCCGCCAGCGACUCAGGGGACCGUUACCGCGCAGACUACUUCCGGGUCAGCGCCCAGGAGCCGAGCAAGAUCGAGACCCUGAUCCGAGCCACGCAGCAGAUGAUCAAGGAGGAGGAGAAUCGGCUGCAGCACCGCAGCAAGCUCCACCCAGGCCCUGCCAACGGCCUCCUGAAGGGCCCCGGACCCUGCUUCACCCCUGACUACCCCCAGGGGGUGCUACAUAGCGUGUUGUGCCGAGGCCUGGGUCAGGUGAUCAGCCCCGCAUCAAGCCCUGCCCCUCUCUCCAGGCUCAGCAGCCCAGGGCCUGACCCCCUCCUCCCCAAGCCCAAAAACUACCUCCAGCAGACAGGACAGACAGACCUGUCCCCUCUCCCCCAGCCCCUGCACCACCAGCUUGGCCAUCCAGGCCCCUGCUCAGCCUCCUCCCCUACCCCUGCCCCAGCCCUCUACCCUUCCCACCCCCAAACCCAAACGGGGAGGCCCUAUCUGGACAAGCAUGCUACCUACUCCCUGACGGGCUACGCCCUGGAGCACCUGUAUGACACCGAGAGCCUCAGGGACUUCUGUUCCUCCGCUGGCUCCACCCACUACGACGUGACUUCACACCUGCGCAUGCAGGCAGAGCAGGGGCCGGGACACAAGGGGACCUCCGUCAUCAUCACCAACGGCAGCUAACGCCCGCUUGUCCAAUAACAGUAAAGGAAUGUCUAAAAUGUCAGCCUAUUCCCUGUAUAGGGAAUAGCGUGCCAUUUCCCUACACGCUAUUUUUGACCAGAGCCUGCGUAGGGCUCUGGUCAAAAGUAAUGCACUACAGAUGCACUUCAGAUGCACACUAAAACACAUGAAGAAGAAACUGUGGAUCCAUGGAAUAUUCAUUCUAUAGCCCAGCCUCAACGGCCUCUUCUGCGUCUUAUCCAGCAAAAACACUUUUUUCCUAUCCUACUUCUUGUUUCCUUUUAUUUUAAUCUUUACAGAGCUACAUUAUUCCAUUUGCACUGUCAGAAAUAGAGUUUCAUUGUGGGAACCUCACCCCUAUGGUUGAAGGGUUGUGGAUAUGUUUUGAGUUAACAGGACAGGGUUCAACGUUAGUGCACUUUUUAGUGUUAGUCAGAAUCCCCUUAUCACAACACAACUCUAGAGUUAAAGUCAACUAGACCUGGUUAAAUUUAUAUAUUUU